AUGCCCAUGGAAAACCAGAGCCACAUGACUGAAUUCCUCCUCCUAGGACUGACCACUGAUCCCAAACAGCAGGUGUGGCUUUUUGCCAGCUUCCUUCCCAUGGACCUUGUCAACAUUGUUGGCAACUCAGUCAUCAUUGCAGCCAUCUGGCGGGAUGCCCACCUACACACCCCCAUGUACUUCUUCCUCUCCAACCUGUCCCUGGUGGACAUCUGCUUCUCCACUGUCAUCGUGCCCCAGAUGUUACUGAACAUGCUGACACAGAGAAAGACUGUCCUCUUCACCCUGUGCCUCACCCAGAUGUAUUUCUUUGUGGCCUUUGGCAUCACAGACAGUUUCCUCCUGGCUGCCAUGGCCUUUGACCGCUACAUAGCCAUCUGUUACCCGCUGCAUUAUACCAUGACCAUGAGCCUCAGGCGUUGUCUCCUGCUGGUGAUUGCAUGCUGGGUGGUUUCCCACCUCCACUCGCUCGUCCACACAGUUCUCAUGGGCCACCUCUCCUUCUGUGGACCCAACGUCAUCCACCACUUCUUUUGUGAUGUCCAGCCACUGCUGACACUCUCCUGCUCUGACACCUCUGUCAAUGAGCUUUUGGCCUUCACAGAGGGCUCCUUUGUGAUCGUGAGCCCUUUUAUCUUCAUUAUUAUCUCUUAUGUCUACAUCACCCGUGCCGUUCUGAGGCUGCCUUCAGGGGGAGGCAGGUACAAGAUCUUCUCCACCUGUGGAUCUCACCUAACAGUCGUGGCACUCUUCUAUGGGACCAUAAUAUCUGUGUACAUCCGCCCCUCGUCUACCUACUCAGUGACAAAGAACCGUGUGGUCACUGUCAUUUAUACAGUAGUUACUCCCAUGCUGAAUCCUUUCAUUUAUAGCCUUAGGAACAAGGACAUGAAACAGGCCUUGAGCAAACUGACUAGGAGGACAGAGUAG